AGUAGACCCCCAAAAAUCUAUUAAAAAUUAUUAAACUUUCUUGCAGUCUCACUCUCCUAUAAAUUCUCCCAUAUGAUUCCAAUGGAUUCGAUUCAAUCCGAUCCAGAGACACAGAAAAAGACCAAUCCAUGGAUCGCUCGACGUCCUCCGGCAACGAUAAGCUUUUCGUCGAGCAUUGUAAGGGCAUCAACGGCCUCAAGAGAGUCAUUUUUAAGGGAGGUCCGUGUCUCAUCCGCUGAGGGAGCAAAAUCUAAAAUAACAAUUCGUGAUUCUUUGGUUUUGAUGAUAGAGAACGCAAGGAGUUGCUUGCAUUCAUGCAUCCUUAAUUUUGUGGAAAAUUUUCUUUUCAUUUUGUGGUAUAAAUUUUGGGAGAGGCACAUUGGUGGUGAUGAACCAUUGAUUGACAAGCUAUCGUUUAGUUCUCAACGUUUGGAUGUGGUUUCUUCAGAGAGUUGUGUGGUGCUAAGGCAUCAGAAGGGGUAUUUGUUGGUGCCUUGCUGUCUAUGUCUUCAACUGCAGCGGUAAUAUUUUGCCAAGUACUUGUCUAACUGGAGUAUACUUGAUGCUGAGACUGGCAAUGGUCUGCUCCUUCAAGAACUUACUAAGAAGGGGCACACUCUGAGAUUUGUGCCUAUAGUUCUGGUAUUAUGUGCUAAAUUAAUCUAAAAAUUUUUAAAUAUAAUUUAGUAUUUUACUUGCAAAUAGGUCUACAUCAUGUUCAUUCUUUCUUUAUAUGGGAACACAACACACAUGCUGUAUGGUUUUAAAGAGUCAUUGCAGUAGUUUUGAGAUAUGAGAUAGCAUGUUAUCACCUUGGAUAUAAUAUGAUAUUAUGCAAGUUUUUACAGAUGUGGCUAGAUUGUGACACAGAGAGGCAACUAUUAUUCUUGAUGCUAUUAUAACAUGAAACCAUAGAACCCUAAACUUUAAUAGUAUAGUUUUAUUUGGACUUUAGACGAAAGACACCAAACCAAAGAAUGUGACUUUCGCUUUCUUCAGUUAUCAUUUGUAUGUGUUUAGUGGUUUCCCUUUUUUCCUUUCAUUUGGGAGACCAUGAAAUAAUUAAGCAACUUAUUUCC